GCAACACUGGUCACGUUACAACUAUUCAACUUUCAGCUCGACGUUUCUGCAGUUACUAUAAGGAACAAGAGGAGAGUCAAUUGAUUCUGUUGCUUGCGCAACAGUUCGUAUUCCAUUGCUGUCAAUCAGCCAAUGUAAAAAGUAAUCGUUACUACACAUAGUUCGAUGUGGUAAUGCGAGAUGUCUUCAAUGCCCCAUAUAAGAAUUCACUAAAGUGUUCACACUUCUCGGUCUACCACCAAUUGAAACACGCCAGUUUACGAAGGAAUCGAUAAAGGCCAGUCCAAGAAUGGUCAAUUUUGUCGCUGCGGCCGUUCUAUUUGUAAUCACAAUUUAUUACUGGCAACAAAAAAAAAUCAGAGAAGUUUCCGUUUACCUCCCGGACCCAAGCAACAUUUCAUCUUUGGCAAUUUGAUAGAGUUGGUUCACUCAGCAUGGAUUAAAGGGGAAUACCCAUGCCUUACGUUUGCGCGGUGGGCUGUUCAGGUAAAAUAUGUUCCCUAUAUGUCUAAAUUCUUUCCACGAAAAAUUGUCAGUCAAAUUAAACAAUUCCCCGUAGAAUUCAACAGCUUAUGCCGUUGAGCGUUGAGGUACCCAGAAAAAUACAUUAAAAUUGCGUCACCCAUAAAUGAUUCAAUACCCGUAUAAUGUUAUCCAGAUGUUAUCAACUCUUCCAAAGGUAACAAGUGCAAAGGUAAUGCUGCCAUUUUUUUUUCAUUUUGAUAUCAAUACGAUAUUUACACUUGGCCUCCUUUUAGUUUUAUAUUUAGGAAAGGAAUGUGCCCAUCCAAUUGUAAACAUGAUUAGCUAAUUCCACUGAUCGGUGGUGUGGUAAUUGGGAGACAUGACAAGGUCAAAAGGCUUAGAAUUAAACGAGAUAUCUCAAUUACAAAAUCGAUAGCAGAUAGCCUACCCUUUACAUAACAGAAAAAUUGGUGUCAGUUUAAAAUACCUAUUUCGAUGCACUAGGAAGAAAUUCUAAAUGUUCUGCUAUUAAAAAAAAGAAUAGACCAACAAUUUGGUUACACUGUAAACGCACAGCUCUCAAAUGCAAAACUCGAUAAGACGCAAUACGGCCAAGUUCAGUGAAAGUUGAUUCUUCUCAUCAAAGAUUUAAAUCUGACAAUUGUACGAGCUUCAGCAAACAGAAUAAUCAAACUCAAUUAGUCUUCAAACUAUAUAAAGCUGAAAAGAAAAUUGAGUCGAGACAAGUGAUUACUGAUUGGGCCUACGCAACAGUUUAUUUUCAUCGCUGCUUAUAAGAUAUUUAUAGCAACUUGUUAUCGAAGAAGUAUUAUUUAUAGCCCAUGUCAAAAAUACAAUCUUUACUAGAGUGUUCGAUGGGCUAAUGCAAACUGGGUUAUCAUCGACCCUAUAAAAAUGACUCGUGAGUGUAGUCGCCACUCAUUGAAACACGCCAGUCUAAGAAAGGGGUCGACAAUACGAACAAAGCUUGUUAAGCACUAGAAUGGUUAAUUUUGUCAGCAUAGCGUUUGCAGCCGUUCUUUUAAUUAUCACUAUUUUUUACUUUUGGCGAAAAAAUCAGAAGAACUACCGUUUACCUCCUGGACCAAAGCGAAAUCUCAUCUUUGGCAAUUUGAUGGAAUUGGUUUACUCAACAUUAGUUAAAGGUGAAUCGCCCUUUAUCAAACUUGCGCAAUGGGCUUUUCAGACGGGACCGAUUUGCUAUUUGCGGUUCUUUAGACAACAAGUCAUCGUAAUUUCAGACGCAAGGGUUGCUCAACGGUUAUGUGUCAAUCAGGCGGAUAAGUUCAGUGAACGGCCACCGGGACUACUUUUAUCACGAGUGCUCAAGGACAAAGGAAUCGUGUUCAAUGACGGGCCGUCGUGGAAGGAACAUCGAACAUUUCUGACUCACGAAUUCCGUAAGUAUGGAUUUGGAAAACAAUCAAUGGAGCAGAGAAUUCAAUAUGUGGUUGAUGAAUAUCUUCAUCAAAUAACCAAAACAAAUGGCCUAAUUCACGAUCCGCAUCCGAACAUUGCGACGGCAGUUUAUAACAUUAUUUGGACAGUGAUCAGCGGGGAUCAAUUCAAAUGGGGUGAUCCAUUUUUGCAAAAAGUCAUUAAAAACCUUGAAACCAAUUUACAAGCUGUCGAGCUCACCGGACCUCAUAACUACGUCACUAUUCUCACCGUAUUCCAUUUGCUCUGGCACAAUUUUUUGCACUUGUGGAAAAUUACCUUGAUGAGGUUAGUUUACUUUAAACAACUCAUCGGCAAGUUUAAGAAGCACCAAAAACAAUCUACAAACUCCGAGGAAGAGGAGUCUAUGAUGCUCGAUUACUUGGUAAAAAUGCAAGACAGUAAAAAUUGUGGUGAACCGACCUACUUCUCCGAAACACAAUUACUUUGGCUCGUUUCUGACCUGUUUAUCGCCGGCGGUGAGACAACCAUAACCACCAUUCGCUGGAUUCUGCUGUGCUUGGCGUUGUAUCCUGAAGUUCAGGAACGAGUACGACGAGAAAUAACUGAAGUGUUCGGUCGGGACUCAACACCUGCAUAUUGUCAGCGAACACAAACGCCUUACACAGAAGCAUUCAUAAAUGAGGUACUUCGCAUGGGCGGAGUCACUCCAGGAAUGUGGCGUAAUACCAGUCAAGAUGCAACGUACGAGAACUACGAUAUUCCAAAAGACACAUGGGUUCUACUCCACUUUUACGCAAUGAAUAAUAACCGGGAUCAAUGGGAAGACGCGAGGAAAUUCAAGCCAGAAAGAUUCUUAAAUAAAGAAGGAAUGUUCUGCAAAAAUGAAAACCUCUUGGCAUUCUCAAUUGGAAGGAGAGAGUGCCCAGGUCAAGGAUUGGCACAGGCAGAACUUUACCUUUUUACGGUCGGAAUUCUGCAGAAAUUUAAAGUUGCUCUACCCAAUGAUGAAAAAAACAUCGAUGUCAAUAACGGACAAUUUGGGAUUACUUACACACCACCACAUCAUAGACUACAAUUUAUCGCUGUUUAAGAUUGAUCGUUUAUGAACGCAUGCUUUUCAUCCUUAACCUUUAUAACUGAACGUCUUUGCUUAAGUUUAAUUCACAUUCUUAAUUCCUAAACUAGAAUAUUUGCACAUACUUAUGUUAAUUGAUGAAUUAGUUUUGUAUUAAAACUGUCGCAGCAAAUGCUCAUUAAAAAUUACGACGCCUCUCGAA